CUUGAAGAAACCUGCAGUGCCAUCUGUUGCUUUGCAGAUACUGCACAGAUGAUGUGUUGCUCCGGGAAAUGAUGUCGGACCCCCUCUUGGAGCAGAGUGGCGUGGUGGUCAUUGAUCAGGCCCAGGAACGCACGGUCAGCACAGACCUGCUCCUCGGGCUGCUCAAAGACGUGCUCCUCGCGCGGCCAGAGCUCAGGCUGGUCAUCCUCACCGCCCCUCACUCCGCUGGGAAACUGCUACGUCACUAUGGAAGCGUUCCUCAGAUCCAGCUGGAUGGGACGCAGCCGUGCGAGGUGGUGUACGGUAGUGGGAGAGGAGGUGUGAAGGAUUACCUCUGCUCUGCUCUUAGACUGGCUCUGGAGAUACAUCAGAAUCAAAAUCAUGGAGACAUUGUGACAUUUCUGGCAACUGAGCAAGAGAUUGAAUGUGCCCAUGCCAUUUUGCGGAGAGAGGGUGCCAAUCUUGCAUUGUCUCAUGGCGAGCUGGUUCCUGUAUCUCUGUGCCCUGAGCAAGGAGACAGUCCCUCGGUGAUCUCUGAGGAGAGCAAGAGUAGGAGAGUCUUCCUCACCUGCAGCCCCAGUGAAGAUUUGUUCUGGGCCGUUCACAGCAUUCGCUUUGUGAUUGAUGCUGGAGUGCAAAAAAGAUAUGUGUACAAUCCUAGAAUCAGAGCCAAUUCCAUUGUCAUUCGACCAAUCAGCAAGAGCCAAGCUGAGAGCCGCAAACAACUUGCAGGCCCAACAGGCAAGUGUUUCUGUUUGUAUCAAGAGGACACAUCACUUCCUGCUGAGAGCGUCCCUCAUAUUCUUGAGUCUGACAUCACUUCCACUGUGCUCUUCCUGAAGCGCAUGGAAAUUGCUGGCCUGAGCCACUGCGACUUCAUUGACAGACCAGAUCCAGAAGGCCUGAUGCAAGCUUUAGAGGAACUUGACUAUCUUGCUGCUUUGGAUGAUGACGGAAAUCUGUCCGAGAUUGGAAUUAUCAUGUCAGAGUUUCCUCUGGAGCCACAGAUGGCUAAGACUUUGCUUGCGUCUUGCGAAUUUGACUGUGUGAGCGAAGUGCUGACCAUCGCUGCCAUGCUAACAGCUCCGAGCAGUUUCCUUACACCCCCAGUGGAACUGAGACAGAAGGCCUUACUGUGUCAUCAGAGGUUCCAGCACGCAGAGGGAGACCACUUCACCCUUAUUAACAUCUUUAAUGCUUACAAAUAUGCUAAGGAAGGGCCAUACUCGAAUGUGGAACGAUGGUGUGAAGACCAUUUCCUCCGUCUGUCUGCUCUUCAGACAGCGGAUGCAAUACGCUCCGAGCUAACAGAAAUCCUGAAACGGCUAGAGCUGCCAGUGUCUUUACCUGCCUUUGGCUCUAAAAGCAACAGCCUGAACAUCAAACAUGCCCUACUAGCUGGCUUCUUCAUGCAGGUGGCGAGGGACAUUGACGGGUCAGGGAAUUACUUCAUGCUGACCCAUAAACAUGUGGCUCAGAUCCACCCGCUGUCUGGCUACGGAACAGAGAUGCACAAGAAGAACCUGCCAGAAUGGCUUCUGUACCAUGAGCACACACUGUCAGAGAACAACUGUAUCAGAACCGUCUCUCAGAUCUCAGCACAUGAGUUCAUUCAGAUGGCGCCGCAGUACUUCUUCUACAACCUGCCACCUACCGAGAGUAAAGACCUACUGCAGCACAUUAUCGAUCACGGUUCAGCUGCCCCAUCCAAAGGCAAAAGAAAAUCCCAGACCCCCAUCAGCCCUGCCAGUGAAGAGCAGAGCCAUGAGCGCUGUACCAUACAAUGACUGAGGAAAUAGAAUGCCUCGCCACGUUCUUACCAUGACAACAAACACCAGGAUGCUUACACUGCUGCUCUGUUACACAGUAACCAUGGAAUUUCUGAAACACGACCAGGAAUCCAAAUUAGUUUGACUGAUUAAUCAAUAAUGAUGAAAAGAAAAGAUGUAAUCUGUUGCUUAAAUUCAAAGGGCAGGGGGAAAAACAUUUAGUGCCCCCCUUUUCACAGUGCCCGGGACAAUGCUUCUAAGUAAUAGCAGUUUGUACAGUUUGUCUUCUCUGCUGAAUUA